UUCUGGGCUUAAGGCCUAGAAAAGGAGGGCGAAGAGAUCUUCUUUUUUGACCACCUGUUCUCAGUCAGUGACCUUUUGUCACAGGGCCUGCGCAGACAGCAUUAGAACACUGGCUGCUCUUGCCAUUGCUUUCUGUUCAGAGCGAGGAUCGGUUUUCCAUCUGCGUGUUGGUUCCCCCCAGAUCUAGGUACAACUGCCUAGGAGUACCUAGAUUGCAAUGGCAGACAGUUCCUCGCCCCAGGCAUCUCAGACUAGUGCCCCCCCCCCCCGCACAAGCAAAGCGCAGAUCAGAGGAAUUGGACGUGGGGGGGAAGAAAAAAGCUAAAACCAAACAUUUGUCUUCUAAAGAUACCUCCAAGUCAGCCGGGCGAGAGGCCACAAGGAGACACCUAGCACUGGAGAGAGAAUUCUCCAAAGCACAAAGGCUCAGGUCCAGUGGGGCUGAAAUGGUUUUCCCCGCCCCACUGGACGCCCCUUUGUCGGAACCUCAAUUUGAAUCAUCGCAGGAUGCCCCAAGGCCUUGUUCUCCUCAGGGGGAAACUGAGCAGGUUGGUCCUCCUCGUUCCUCCCCUUCACGGUCACACCACACAACUGAGAGCAGGCGUGCCUCAACGGAGGUUGGGGCCAGCUCCAGGGACCAAGGGGAAAUGUGGUCCCAGGCUCAAUUCCAGGCCUUUAUGCACCAUGCAUUCAGGCAGUUUAUGUCACCCACUGAAGGCAGACAGGUGCAGUCGCAUCCUACUUCUCCCACUUUCAUUCCCCCACCUCGGGCGGAGCGUGGCACUAGACCUAGCUCCGAUGUUUCGGAAACCUUCUCACAAUUAGGAGAGGAGGGUUCAGUGGAGCUAGGGGUAGCAGACACUCCUUUGUCUGAGGAGGAGGAACCUGAGCAGGUGACUUCUUCCGGUCUCUUUGAUCCGUCCGUUUUUCGGUCUCUCCUCAUAAAGGCCAUUGACACGGUAAAACUUACCUCGGCCCAGGAGGAGGCACCAUCUUCCUCGGCCAACCGGGAAGCAAACCCCUUGUUUGCGGAAAAGGUCAAGGAGGACCCGCAGAUCCCAUGUCCACUAGUCUUCAAGACUACGGUGGAAAAGCAGUGGGCUUCACUAGCUACCACGCCUUCCCAGAGCAGUUUGGACAAGAAACUUUACAAUGUCUCUUCUUCCUUCGCUUCUCUUCUAGAAGUUCCAUCUGUGGAUGUUCCGCUGACUUCUCUGUUCUCCAAUACAGCAGUUCCCGGAGACAUGGCUGAAUUCUUGAAGGCUGAGGACAAAAAGUUCAAGUUCUCCUUUCGUAGAGCUCACCAAUCUUCAGCUUGGGCCAUAAGGGUGGCAACCUCUUCCUCCUUCUUUGCACAUUCAGCUAUUAUGUGGAUGCAGGAACUCCAGGCGCUCAUUCCGCCGGAUCAGAAUCUCAAUACCACAGGUUUAAAGUGGUUGGUAGAAGAGAAUGAAUCACAACCCUCAUUGCCUACAACUAGAACACGCAGAAAGCUGUACUGUGGUUAUGAGCAUCAGGUUUUGUCCAAGAUUGAACAAGAGGAAGAAGAAUCUUUAUUUGUUGCUCUACAUUGGCCCAAACCUCCUGAGAACAAAGUCCCCUUUGUAAGGAGUACUGACCCUUUACAUAGCAACUUUAUGAUACUAAAUAAUCAUGCAAAUUUCAAAGUUGGUGAUCAGCUGGAGGUGCUUGUCCAUAUGAAGGAUUAUGAAGGAAACUCAAAGCAAUAUGGUGGUGACUACCUUCAGUCAAGAAUUCAUUCUGCAGAUCUGAGAGCAGGAGCCAUUGGAAGAACUGUAGAUUAUCAGAAUGGAUCAUACAUAAUUUUUUUCACUUUACUUUGGCCAGGGGAGGUCACAGUAUCUGUGUCCUUGGUUCAUCCUAGUGAAGGAAUCCAACUCCUUCAACGCUUACAGGAAGAAAACCCAGACAGGGCCUAUUUUAAAAGCUUAUUCAAAUCAGGAAGGAUUUCAGAAGUUACUAUAUGCAAUGUGUGUUUGCCUGGGGACAUGCCAGUCUGUAACUUUACAGAUAGCUAUACUGGGGAACCAUGGUUUUGUUAUAAGCCAAGAAGACUCUCCUGUGCUACUAGAAUCAACCAUUUUAAAGGGGGAUAUAAAAGAGGCCUUUUAACUUCAGAAGAGAGUAACUUUUUUCAAAGUGGUGUAAAUAUAAAAAUACCAAUACCUUCCAUCGGGCCUGAUACUGUGAUUGUAAGACCUUUGGGGCAUGCAGAAAUGGAAAGUCUAGAAAGAUCUCACAGCUCUGAUGUAUUUCCUUCUGGUUAUUAUUAUCAAGAUGAAUGGCAACAAAGGACGCAGUUGAUUCGACAUUUUAAUAAGUCAUCAGAUAUUACUGAAUGUUUACAGGGAAAACUUAUUUACUUGUUUGGAGACUCUACAAUCAGACAGUGGUUUGAAUAUCUGACAGCAUUUGUUCCAGAUCUUGUGGAAAUAAACCUGGGAAGUCCUAAGAAAGUUGGUCCUCUCAUGGCUGUGGACUUAAGGCAUAACAUCUUACUAAAUUUUCGUUGCCAUGGCCCUCCCAUUCGUUUUUUCACAGUUUUUAGCAGUGAGCUGCAUUAUAUUGCCAAUGAAUUGAAUCGUAUUGUUGGUGGGAAGAACACUGUGAUAGCCAUAACUAUUUGGUCUCACCUUAGCACUUUUCCUAUAGAAGUAUACAUCAGGAGAUUGAGAAAUAUUCGCAGGGCAGUUGUUCGGCUAUUGGAUCGGAGCCCCAAAACUUAUAUAAUUAUCAAAACUGCCAAUGUUCGAGAACUUGACCCAGAAGUUAGCCUUUUCAACAGUGACUGGUAUUCCUAUCAGCUUGACACAAUAAUGAGGAAGAUGUUCUCAGGAAUUGGGGUGUUCUUUGUGGAUGCUUGGGAGAUGUCACUGGCUCACCAUUUGCCACAUAAAUUACAUCCACAAGAUGCUAUUGUCAAAAAUCAGUUAGAUGCUUUCUUGUCUUUUAUAUGCCCACUGAAAACACAUUACAGUUUCUUAACUGAUAUACAUAAUCAAAUAUGGUCUAUAUUGGUAUAAUUUAGUAUUCUGCACUUGUAAAUGAAACAUUGCGGAUUUAUUGUCAUAAUUUGCAUCUCAUCUAAUCAAUUUGCACAAUAGCAUGCACAUUUAUAUUUUUUGGUGGCAGGGAUAUUUCUGUAUGUGUAUUAUGUUUCCACACACACACCCCUACCUUUUUAUAAUGCAUGUAUUUGUGUAUUCAGUUUCUAUGCUUCACUUGUACAAAGUAUUUUUUUUUUUAACUAGGGCUAAGCACACGUCAGAUAUUAUUGAGAAAAAGUGCUUUGGAACUUAGGUGAACACAGAUCCUCUUCCAUGUUCAUUAAAACAGCCAUGUCUGCCAUGCCAGAAAAAAUAGUGCUAAUUAAUCACCUCAAGAAUAAAAGGGAACAACUUUCUGUUUUUCAUAUAGGCCUCAGUUUCUUGUCUGAUUACUACAGAGGUAAAGCUAGAACAAAAACAAAAAAUAACGGGCAUUCUCUUAAAGGUUUUGUAAGAAUUUUGGUAAGGACCAGAUGCAAUAAAGGCAGACAUUAAAGUUAUUUUUUCAUCACUGUUGUAACUGUGAAUAGUCUCUAUGCAAGACAAUCGCUAAAGGAGGACUACCUGUAUUAAAAUCACAACAAAAAUUGUGACAAAUGAUAAAGGCAUCCAAAGAUUAAGAAACAUUGCAAUAUUUGUCCAAUACUUUACCUUUAAAGUUAACUUUAAUCCUUUGCAUAAGCUGUUACAUGCUUCUUUCUUUGAGGGUGGGACUUAUUGGCCAUUGUUUCUGUGUAAGAUUUCAUAAGUAGGAACCUUAUCAGCCAAAAAGAAGCAAUCAUAUUUGACCCAUGCUAUAUUGUAUUGUUCUUGAUCCUAAUUUUCAUACCAAAAAAUAAAUAAUGCUCUCAAAAGUAUGGGAAUUAAUUUUUGUUCCUCAUUUUAAAUACUUUAAAAAUUCCAGAUAUCCAAUUCGUGAUUGUUUAUUUUCAAGUCAGAGGAGUGCUAAAGAUCCUCAUAAAUCAGACUAAAGCUUUCAUAUUGCAAUGUGAAGGGCAAUCCUCAAUUUACAACCAUUCAUUUAGUGAACGUUUGAAGUUACAGUGGCACUGAAAAAAGUGACUUGUGAUCAUUUUUCACACUUAACGACCGUUGCAGCAUCCCCAUGGUCAUGUGAUCAA